AUGGCCGACAUCACCAUUACUGAUGACAUGCUCAAGGGCCUUGAAGACAAGGUCAUUUUGAUCACCGGUGGAUCCUCUGGAAUCGGCCGCGCAACUGCGCAGCUGUGCCUCAACUUGGGCGCGAACGUCGUCAUUGGAGAUAUCAAUCCUCCCAGCCCGGAAUUCGAGAAGAACGACAAACUGAAGUUCAUGGAGGUCAACGUUACGGAAUGGGAGAGUCUGCGGAAUAUGUUCGUUCAGGCAAAUGAGUGGUUCGGACGUAUCGACCAUGUUUUCGCCAAUGCGGGUGUCGCUCCCACUACCGACUUCCUUGAUGUCACGCUCAACGAAGCCGGUCAACUUGAGCCGCCCAAUCUUCGAACUAUCAACAUUAAUAUGCUGGGCCCGAUCUAUACAACUCGACUUGCGUCAGCCUACAUGACAACUUUGGCGAAGGAGCGUCCCAUCGGGAAGGGAAGCAUUGUGCUCACUGCCUCGGCUUCAUCAUUCCAAAACUUCAGCUCGGGCGACUACACCAUCACCAAACACGGGGUUUUGGGAAUGAUUCGUGGCCUUGGUGGUCUGCUGCUAGCCAAAAACAUUCGACUGAAUGCAGUUGCGCCUUCAUGGACAGCUACUGGUAUUCUUCCGCCUGCAUACAUCGCCGCCAUGGGCCCUUCGAUUCAGACUCCCGAGGCUGUGGCCCAGAGUGUGGCACUGCUGCUUGCCGAGGAUCAAAGACACGGCGAUGUCAUUUACAGCUGGGAGGGUAACUUUCGGGAAAUCAAUAACGCGAAGGGGGGACUUCUUGAGACGACAGCAAAGCUUCUUGGGAAUUCCGAUAAUGAGGAGAGUGUCGUGCAGAAGUUGAAAGACGUAAAGGAAGAGGUAGCUAGCUCUUGA